AUGAGUUCUACCUCCAUUAUCUCCCCUAUCCUCCUCAUAAUUCUCUAUCUCCCUUGUCUCUUCAUCAUAGCACAAGCCACAGACACAUUGACUUUUGGCCAAUCACUCACUGACGGCAAUUCCUUAGUAUCAGCUGGCAAGCUCUUCGAGCUUGGCUUCUUCAGUCCAAAUAGUUCAACCAACCGUUACAUCGGAAUUUGGUACCACGACUCACCUAAUAACAUCCUAUGGGUAGCCAACCGUGAAACUCCAGUGCCAGACAAGUCAGGCUCCCUGAAAAUUUCUUCAGAUGGAAAUCUCAACCUCGUUGAUGGUAUGAAGAUUGGGAUCGAUCUAGAGACUAACAAGAAUCAAUUGCUCGAUUCAUGGAAGAGCACUUCAGACCCUGGAGUAGGAAAGUACUCGGUAGCCAUGGAUCCGGAUAAAUCGACGCAGUUGUUUUUGUGGGAGGGGACACAGCCUAGGUGGCGGUCAGGCCGCUGGAAUGGCCAAAUCUUUACUGGGAUUAUAUAUAAGGUGCCAUUCUAUAUAGAUGGAUUCCAAAGCAUAGGGUUUGGGAUCAGGACACUGAAGUUUUGGUCUGCGAGUCUGGGCACGAAAAGUGAAAAGAGUUGUGCAAUUGGCUACAAUAGGUGCGGAAAAAACGCCAUUUGUGCAGAUGAGGAAAUCCCUAUAUGCAAGUGCUUGCAAGGAUUCAUGCCAAAGUCGACGAAGGAAUGGAGAAAUAGCAAUUGGAGCGGUGGAUGCAUCAGAAAAACACCAUUACAGUGUGAGGGGAAGGACAAUAGUACCGGAAGCUUAGAAGAGAGAGACAGGUUCUUGAAGUUAGAGAGAGUAAAGGUACCAGACUCAUCUGAUUGGUAUGAGGAUGUGACUGACAUUAGUGGAUGCGAGAAAACUUGUCGGGCAAACUGUUCAUGUAUAGCCUAUUCAUAUGUAACGGGUAUCGGGUGCUUGAUUUGGGGUGUGGAUCUUGUAGAUGUUCAUGCCUUAUACAGUGCAGGAAAUGAUUUGUAUCUGACACUAGCGGAGGCAAAAAGAAAUAAAGAUAAAUUGAGAGUCAAAGAAGCGAGGUCCAAGCUUGCACUUCCAUCUUGUAGGGAACAGGUUGCUAACCGUAUAGAUUGGAGACUUCAUUAUGCAACUAAUCUUUGUGGUAUCAAGAAUUCUGCUCUCAUCUCACAGGGGUAUGCUCAGCUUGAGGGCGUUGAUUACAACGAGAUAUUCUUACCCGUUGUGAAACAUUCAUCGAUUAGGAUUCUUUUGGCAUUGGUAGCACGAUUGGAUUUGGAUUUGAUUCAGAUGGAUGUUAAAAGAGCCUUUCUAUAUGGAGACUUAGAAGUGGAGAUCUACAUAACACAACCCAUGGAGUUUGUAGCUGCAGGAAAGGAGGAUUUUGUGUGCAAGCUGAAGAAGUCUCUUUACAAAUUGAAGCAAUCACCACGACAAUGGUACAAGAGAUUCGACAGCUUUAUGAUUGGCCAAGGAUGA